CUUGAUAACCAUAACCAAAAGAUAUGUCAUCUGUCCAAACUGAGCUGCAGCAGCAAGAGCCUCUUGACCUAAUUCGUUUCCAACUUGAUGAAUUAGUGCUUGUCAAAUUAAGAGGAGCUCGUGAAAUAAAAGGUAAAUUACAAGGUUACGAUUCCCACUGCAAUAUGGUAUUAAGUGAUGCACAAGAAUACAUAUUUAACGAAGACUCUUCUGCUCCAAUAAUCAAGAAGACUGAGAUGGUCUUUGUUAGAGGAGAUUCGGUAAUCCUUAUCAAUCCGAUUGGAGAAUAGAUGAUUGUUCUGUGUGUUUUUUCUUUUUCAACCAAACAAUUAACGAAAUUUGUAUUUUAGGACUAGAUCAAUGGUUAUCUAAAGAAAAUUGUCUUUUC